GCACGCACGCUGUGGUGCUGGUGCUGGUGGGUGCGUGAUUGAGUGUGUGAGUGAGUGAGGGAGUGAGUGAGAGAGCGAGACAGAGCCCCGGAGGUUGAGAGGAGGUUUAGGGACGGCAUCGAAGGAAGGGGGGACGCAUCAUCGAUUGAUUGAGUGGGUUCGGCAGAGUUUUUGUGGGAUCUGAUCGGGCUUGCUUGCUGUUGGGGAGCGCAACAGAUUCGUGUUCAUUCUAGGGAUUGCGCUCGUGCGUGAAGGGUUUUUUUUGUCCGCUGGGUAUCUAUCAUCACCGAUGGCCUGGCAACCCGGCCCUGGCUUUGAACAGUACAGUGCGCAACCCGGGAUGCAUCCAGGGAUGCAAGGCUCUUCGCCUCAAGUUCCAACGGGACCAAAUAAUCCAUUGAACGACGUCUUUUAUGGUGCCGCCCCUGGAUUGUUGGGUGCAUAUCUGGGGAAUAGCAAAGACUAUGUACAGAGCAACGUUAGCAGGUAUUUUGCUUCUCAUGACAUCCAGUACUAUUUCCAAGUGACUGAUCAAUACGUUAGGAACAAGCUCAAAGUGGUCCUCUGCCCCUUCCUUCAUAAGGGACAUUGGACUAGAAUAGCAGAGCAAGUGGCUGGAGGUUUGAAAUACAAGCCUCCUCGACAUGACAUCAAUGCCCCGGACCUCUAUCUUCCAAUCAUGGCACUCGUAACAUACAUCUUGCUCAGUGGUUUUUUGCUGGGCAUGGCGGGUUCAAACCAGAGGCGAUGAGUGGAUUAGUUACAAAAGCAACGAUCGGGUGGAUAAUAGAAACGAUAAUGUUGAAGGCAUCACUUUUCGCCUUAGGGAGCGGGGAUGCUCCAACGUUAGAUGUUGUAGCUUAUGCAGGUUACGCUUUCAUUGGUGUUUCUUUGUCUUUAGUUGUACGGCUGUUAUCGCCGUACGCUUUUCACAUCACAUGGGCGUACACAAGUCUCUGCAUGGCGAGCUUUCUAGUGAAAACGAUGAAACGAUUGUUGUUUGCGGAGGUAAGGAGGUACGAUAGAGAUUCAACUCGACACCAUUAUCUACUUCUUCUUAUGGCUGUGGCCCAGUUUCCUUUAUUUUAUUGGUUAGUGCAUGUGAGAUAAGGUCAAUUGGCCUCCUGUACAAUACAACUUCAAACAGUGUGAUUUGUCCUUUCUAGGUGUAGUAAAAUUUGCCUUAGGACACGUUGAAGCAGACUUUUUAUAAGUAAUCUGACGGAUUGUUUUCUGCUUUAAGCUAGUAUUCAGAACUUGGGGUUCUGUUGUUCAUAGAAAUUGUACUCUUCGGGGGUAUCGGAUGUUCAGCCUAACAAACGAUUUAUGUAAGAGAAAUUGAACAUUAUGGUUUUCAAAGAAUUAAGUUUGUCA